AUGAAAGUAUGGGUUCAGUUACCAGCCCUCAAGGUUCACUUUUACCACCGCGAGGUUCUUACUUACUUGGGAAACCUCAUUGGCCGCACAAUCAAGCUCGACAAUCAUACGAUCAAUCGGCAACGUAGGAAAUUCGCUCGCUUGGCUGUUGAAAUUGACAUGUCCAAACCCCUAGUUCCCCGCAUCUUCUUGGACGAUCAAUGGCAGAAAGUGGUGUACGAGAACCUACCGAUGGUGUGUUUCGAAUGUGGAAAAGUUGGCCACAACUCGGAUGACUGCAACUUGCUCUGA